GUAAAUCGUGUGCGCAAUCAAAUAGCAAACACAUUAGGUUUAUCACAUUUUGUCACUCACAAAGUUUAGCAUAAGUCAUUAUAUAAAACUGUAAAAAAACACGACGAAUGCACUUAUUUGACUGUUAUUCAUUAUUUUUACUCCAGUGCCAAUAGUUGUUUAACUUUACACGUACGUCAUUAAAUUUCAUUUAUUAUGCAUUUAAAAAGUGCUAUUAUUCUCUUUGUGGUGUAUUUCUUUACAUCAGUAUGGAGCGUUGGACUUAAUGAGGAUCAAAUAAACAACUGUAUUGAAUUAUACAAAAAUCGCAAAGAUAUACACUAUAUUCAGAGUAUCCCAUACCUUUUGGGGACCGUUUUUCGAAUUCAGAAUGCUGAAAAUGUUUUUACAUACAACCCAGAGGAGGUCGAUUAUAUACACUUUAGCAAGUUAUUUUUGGUGUUUGCAUAUAAAGGAACGAAAGACUGGUUUGAGUAUAAUAUGCUGACGUCUUUUGAAGUACACUUUUACCUCAAAAUGUUCAUUAGAGACGUCCAAAGUUUAAACCAACAUGGAUACUUAACACGUCAUCAACUAUCAGUUGUAUUUGAACACUUAUAUCUUAAUGUAGAUGAGAAGGCUAUAAAUUUAGUAAAUAAAAUUAUAGAUGGCGAUAAAAUUAACCCGCCGGAAUUCUUGUUGAUCAUGUUAGAAGUUCAACCGGAAGGAAAUGGUCUAAACCAAGCACAAAUUGAAGAGUUCAUUACAUUGUACACAUUGCCUAAAACUGAAACCGGUAGCAUUAAUCCUUUAAAAAUUCAUAACAUCUUUAAAGAGUUUCGUAUGGCUAUUGAGUCGUACGUAGAUUUAAUGAUAUUUGAAUCUAAUCGACCAGCUGCAAAAGAGUUGAUGGAGUUGAUGCUAGUUACGGCAGUACGUUCUAGGACAGUUAACGAAAAUGAGGAUGAGGUGUUAAGUACAAAUGAGGUCAAAUCAUUGAUAUAUGAUUUCAAACAACUUGACACGGACAAAGACGGUUUACUCUGCAAUAACGAAGCGGAAGUGGUCCUGGGAGCAUUUCGCGCUAAAAACAUAAGUGUUGGAACAUUUAAUUUUAAUGGUAAUGAAAUAAACGUUGCGGAAUAUUUAUUGUUAAACUUAUUUGAAAAACUGGCAUCAAAAGCUUCAGAUAUGGAUGUGCUUAUGAGUAAAUUAAAAAUAUAA